AUGGAAGUAAUUAACAAAUCCCAUCCUGAAAAGUUCAUUUUGCUCGGCUUUGCUGACCACCCUUGGCUGGAGCUCCCUCUGUUUGUUAUUCUUCUCAUCACAUACCCCAUGGCCAUGGUGGGGAAUAUAGCCAUCAUUCUCGUGUCCGUCUUAGACCCCCAUCUCCACAGCCCCAUGUAUUUCUUCCUCACUAACCUCUCCUUUUUGGACAUGUGCUAUACCACGAGUGUGGUCCCUCAGAUGAUGUUUAACCUGGGAAGCACUAGGAAGACAAUCAGCUACACAGGGUGUGCAAUUCAGCUUUAUUUUUUCCACAUAAUGGGAGGCACAGAAUGUCUGCUUCUGGCUCUGAUGUCCCUUGAUCGCUAUGUGGCCAUCUGCAAGCCCCUGCACUACACCCUCAUCAUGAAUCAGCGCCUCUGUAUCCUCUUAGCAUCUAUUGUGUGGCUGACUGGAAUCACUUUUGCAGUUUCAGAAGCAACUCUUACAUUGCAGUUGCCACUGUGUGGUCUCAAUACACUGGAUCACAUAUUGUGUGAAAUUCCUGUUUUGAUACAGAAUGCUUGUGGUGAAAAAACUGCUAAUGAGCUUGCACUCUCUGUAGUUUGUAUUUUUAUUGUAGUUGUUCCCCUGUGCCUCAUUCUGACUUCCUACGCUUUUAUUGGACGUGCUGUAUUAAAUAUCAAAUCUUCAGAAGGAAGGAAAAAGGCCUUUGGAACCUGUUCCUCCCAUCUCAUGGUGGUGUUCUUGUUUUUUGGGCCAGGUAUCAGCAUGUACCUUCAGCCACCUUCCUCCAUACCAAAGGACCAGCCCAAGUUCAUGGCUCUGUUCUACGGAGUGGUGACUCCUACCCUCAACCCUUUCAUCUACACCCUGAGAAAUAAGGAUGUAAAGGCGGCUUUAGGCAGCCUGGUGAAGAGCAUUUUCAUUUCCAAGUGA